AAAUCAGUGGCAGACCAUAACUGAAUCUGACAAGAAGAACUUAAUUUCAAGAGAGAGAGAGAGAGAGAGAGAGAGAGGGGUAAAAGAUCCACUCCUCUCUGCACUCCGCAUUUCCUCUCAGAGAAAUGCGAGCCUGAAGAAGAUCUAUCCAUCUGUCUCACACUUCAGAGAGAGAAAGAGGCCAUUUUUAGGCGCAGACUGGGAUGGGCUGUUCUUUUUCUGGGCUGAAUGCGCUGUACGACGCCGUUAACGGCGGAGCUGACGUUUGGAUCAAUGAUAACAGGUUCAGGAUCGUCAGGCAGCUAGGUGAAGGUGGUUUCGCAUACGUAUACUUGGUCAAGGAGGUCAUCACCGACUCUUCUGCUUCCAAAUCCGGUGGCGGUGGUGGCCUUGCCAAGAAAGUCAAGGAAACUUCACAUCUCUCUGAUGAUGGAACUUAUGCAAUGAAGAAAGUUCUUAUUCAGAACAAUGAACAAUUGGAGUUGGUUCGGGAAGAGAUUCGCGUCUCAUCACUGUUCAGCCACCCCAAUCUGCUUCCUCUUCUUGAUCAUGCUAUUAUUGCAGUGAAGGCUAAUGAAGAGGGCUCUUGGAACCAUGAGGCUUAUUUAUUAUUUCCAGUUCAGUUGGAUGGAACCUUACUGGACAAUUCCAAAGCUAUGAAAGCUAAAAAGGAGUUCUUUUCUACUUCAGACGUUCUUCAAAUAUUUCGGCAGCUUUGUAGUGGACUGAAACAUAUGCACAGUCUUGAUCCUCCUUAUGCACACAAUGAUGUCAAACCUGGUAAUGUACUUCUAACACGUAGGAAUGGGCAACCACCUCUUGCUAUGUUGAUGGAUUUUGGUAGUGCUCGACUUGCAAGGAGGCAAAUCAGAUCCCGUUCAGAGGCACUACAGUUGCAGGAAUGGGCAUCUGAACAUUGUUCAGCACCCUUUAGAGCUCCUGAAUUGUGGGAUUGCCCAAGCCAUGCAGACAUUGAUGAGAGAACUGAUGUUUGGUCAUUAGGAUGCACACUAUAUGCAAUAAUGUAUGGGGUAUCCCCAUUUGAGUAUGUACUUGGAGAGUCUGGAGGAAGCUUACAAUUGGCUGUAGUAAAUGCACAAAUAAAGUGGCCAGCUGGGCCUAAACCUCCAUAUCCAGAAGCUCUACAUCAGUUUGUGACGUGGAUGCUUCAGCCGCAGUCUGCAGUUCGUCCAUGCAUUGAUGAUAUUAUAAUUCAUGUUGACAAGCUAAUCUCAAAGUUUUCUCAUUGAUGUGGAAUGGGACAAAAAGGUACUGCAUUGACAAUGCAGUAACUGGCCAUGGCACUUCCAGCACCUAGUUUGUUCAUCAGUGGAUUUGGAUGUUCAAAAUACUUGAAAAUGGCAGUGAAAGCAAAUGGAAGUUCCUUGUUAAAAAGAGUUACAUUUACAGAUAAUUGCCCCUUUUCUGUUUACAUAGUUUUGGAUGUUAUAGCAUUGUUGUCACAGCUAUUUAAUUUUUUGUUCUGUAAUUUAUUAAAACAUCAUGACGUGGCACCCCAAUAUUCAAUUUCUUAAUUGGAUUAUAAUAAUUGGUGAUACUUGCCAAUUUAUUAUUUUUGGGAAA